GCUUCCAUCCCCCGUCCCGUUUCCCAACCACCUCCGAUUUGCUCAGCUUUUGUGUCUUCUGUUUCUCCGAGUUUCGUAGCAUCCGAUCCUGUUCCUUCCUCGAGUUUCGCAUUGUUCCUCCAGCAAAUAAAACCCACCGAAGCUUCUUUUCCGCCAAGUCCUUUCUUCGCUGCUUUAUUUUGUUAGUUUGCUGCCUUUUGAACGUCGAACUUGCAACUUACAAAGUGUCAACAUCGCAUCGCAUCGCAUCGCAUAACCCUCUACGUCGCGCACAGGGACGGACAUUACUUGCUAUACUACACACAUACGAAACCAAUACCGACGAACGCACCGGAAAGAAAACAAGAAACAAAAAGGAAACAUGACUUACACGCAACAACAACCCCCCGCCAACAACACCAUGACCGCCGUCGUCGAGGAGCCUGAGCGCGCGCACGUCUCGGUCAAGACGAAACCAGGCGAUAUCGAGAUGGCGCAGCCUGGUGUUGCGCAGCCUAUGGACCCUAUACGCCCCCACGACGACUCUACCACCAUUGGCCUCCGCGGCGGUGAUCGCGGCGGCAUGUGUCCUGGUCGCUUCUGCUUCUGCAUUCCGUGCCCGAUACCGUGCGAUUGCUGCUUUAUUCCUCUCUAAACGAACGAGACGGAUGACGACUGCUUCGGAUCUAAGCAGAUGAUGAUGCAGAGGUGAUGAUACAUAUGAAGAUUGGAGGAAAACGAGAUGAAGGAGUUGUUUAAUGAUGGAUGGAUGGAUGAUGGAUGAUAAUGUUGAUGAUACCACUACGCUUUUUCUUGUUUUGUUGCUGUUUUUCUGGGGAUGGAGGAGGGGAUGAUGGGCUGAUGUUGGACGACUGCCGAUAGGUGGUUGGACUUGGGGUUCUGGUUCGUACCAGCGCAUUCGUGUGUCCAACGAGUCACGACUUUGUUUUUUCUAUUUCCUAUGGAGAUAUCUUCGUUGAUGGAUAGUCUCAAAGUAAUGACGGUUGGCUGGGGGCGGAUGUACGAACUCUUCUAGAAGUCUUCACACGAACACGACGAGAACGGAAGAGGCAGUGAACGCUCAGCUUGACGACUAGUAAUGAUAGGGAACGAACAUACAGAGAUUUUCUCCUAAGUCGAAUACUAGCCGUCCAGUAAUUGGUGCUCCGCAAGUGCUAAUGAACGCCGAUCGACGAAUGUAAAGGUCAACUCUACUCGAGCUGAUUUCACCGUCUGCAUCAUUUGGGUUCGCUAUGACAUCCAGCGCAGCUUCGAGGCCACAGGAAGACUACCUCGCGUGGGGAGUGUCUCCCGGGAAGAACUCAACCCAGUAAUUGUGGGAAGUUCAUGUCCAAAUAGAUAUGUAACAGGCACAAUCAUACAGGAAGUGCGAAACCACAGACAGAGGAAGGAGUAUACGAUGUGACGUUUGUCACACUCUAGUAGUAGUGUUUCGACAAACUUUUGAUACUCGGUACGCUAC